UCAUCUCUGUCAUCAAUUUUUGUAAAAGAACAACAUACACGUCUUGAUUAUCUUUGAGGAGAACACAAGCCAUGGAUUCUUUAAGAGGGCAAGGUGGGAUUCAGAUGCUUUUAACUGCUGAGCAAGAAGCCGGCCGGAUCGUUUCAGCUGCUAGGACCGCAAAACUUGCAAGAAUGAAGCAAGCAAAAGACGAGGCUGAGAAGGAGAUGGAAGAGUAUCGGUCCCGUCUAGAAGAAGAGUAUCAGACACAAAUUUCUGGGACGGAACAAGAAGCAGCUGCAAAACGUUUAGAAGAAGAGACAGAUGGCAGGAUUCAGAACCUUAAGGAAUCUAGUUCAAAGGUCUCAAAGGAGAUUGUGAAGAUGCUCAUCAAGUAUGUUACCACUACUGGAGCAUGAUGCUCAAUGUAUACACUCAACCCCCGUUGAAAGUAGUGGCUCGAAUAAA